UUGGUGUUGGUUUUUGUGUGGUGUGCUUUGUGGGUCAUCUCGGGCAGCGAGCACAUAUUGUACAUGUCGGCAUACAGUAUGCAGUUGGGCCCUUCCUUCGAAAGGCAUCCCGCUUCUUUCAGAUCGAUACCAGUCCGAGUUUUCCCUCUUGAGUACUCACUGAUGCCGAGUAGCAAUAAUAUUUGUGAACAAAGAAUUUUCUUAUUUUCCUCUUGACGCAGUAUGUCAAAUCCCUGCAGUGUAGAGCAAUCAACUGGCGAGGGGGACUUACUGAACGUCCAGAGCUACCCGGUACCUUGAAAUAAGGCAGGUUUCGACUCUAAUACUAUUCCGUCCAUCCAUCCAUCCAUCCAUCCAUCCAUCCAUCCAUCCAUCCAUCCAUCCAUCCAUUAUCACUAGCACUUUUCCGGGUCGGAUCGUGGGGGAAGUAGCUUUAGCAGGGAUGCCCAGACUGCCCUUUCCCCAGCCACUUCUUCCAGCUCUUCCGGAGGGAUCCCGAGGCGUUCCCAAGCCAGCCGAGAGACAUAGUCUCUACAGUGUGUCCUGGGUCAUUCUCGGGGUCUCUUUCUGGUGGGACAUGCCCGGAACACCUCACCAGGGAGGCAUCCGGGACGCAUUCGAAUCAGAUGCCCCAGCCACCCCAGCUCCUCGACACUGAGCCCCUCCCUGAUGACCGAGCUUCUCACCCGUUCUCCAAGGAAGAGCCUGGACACCCCGCAGAGGAAACUCAUUUCGGCCGCUUGUAUCUGGGAUCUUGUUCUUUCGGUCACAACCCACGGCUCGUACCCAUAGGUGAGGGUAGGAACCUAGAUCGACUGGUAAAUUGAGAGCUUCGCCUUUUGACUUAGCCCCCUCUUACGAAGUCUGCAUCACUACAGACGCUGCACCGAUCUGUCUGUCGAUCUCCCGGUCCAUUCUUCCCUCACUCGUGAACAAGACCCCAACAUACUUGAACUCCUCCACUUGCGGCAGGACCUCAUCCCCGACCUGGAGAUGGCACGCCACCCUUUUCCGACUGAGGACCACAGUCUCGGAUUUAGAGGUGCUGAUCCUCAUCCCAGCCGCUUCCCACUCGGCUGCGAAUCGCUCCAGUGAGAGCUGAAGCUCACUUCUUGAUGAAGCUAUUCUGUAUUUUCUCAAACGUUCAAGUCCCUUUCUGCCAAAUCAAAUUUGUUUUCCUCCUUCUCCAUGAAUCAGAAAAUAUCCCGUGAAGCGCAUGACCCAACACAUGACAGCAUUCAGCAAUCCGUUUACCCGACGCCAGCUGCCUCCAAAAACACUUUGUGCUCCACCCAAUCCCUCUCGCCUACCCGCGCGACGCAAUACGUCUUCCUGAACAAACACACUGUUAUCAUUACCAGUCCUAAUUUUUGCUGCAUUUUUAUCAUAGCUCAAUGUUUAUGUUGUCAUGGAUGAGUCUGCUGGACAAGGAUUCUAGUGGUACCGCUGUACCUGCACCCUGAUUUGAUUAAAGCUGAGGUGCUACUGAGUUUCUUACUGAUUGGCGUUGCCGUUUUCAGCCCAUUUUCAAGGGGUCCUAAGUAAUUUCUUCAACAUCUAAUAUUAUCUUUGAAUGUCAGUCACUGGACCGCGCCCUUAAGUAAUUCCUUAAACAUGAAUUCAAGCACCCUUGAACCUCUAAUUUGAGAAUCUGCCGAUAUCUCUGAUUGCCCUUUAAGGGCACAAGUCGUUCAGCUCAUGUGUAGUUAUGAGUUGUUGUGUUUCGAGCAAAUGAGAGUGAAAAAUGUUGCUUUCUAAAUAACGCCGCUCUGCUGCCAAUAAAAAAAGCGCUUUUGGAUCCCGGCCCUAGCCGCUGUUUUCAUUUUGGCAGCAUGCUUACAUAACGCCGGCUCUCUUGGAAGUUGCUGCUCAUCAAAAUCGGGUUCCAGAGGCCCGGAAAGCCAAAUUAGAACGUGAAAUAAGUGCACGUUGGACUUUUAUUGACUAUGUUGUACGGCUCGAGGGCUCAGCUGCUUAAGGAAUGCAUUUGCUGAGGUUGCCGUCCUGCGAGGCUGCUGAGCGGACGUCUCGGCAAGUAUCUCUGUCUUUGACGCGGGGGAAGGUCAGCGCCACGGAGAGAAAGUACUUCCGGAUAUUUGAGAAGAUAACCCAGGGCUCUUUCCCCCCCACUCCUGUGGGGAGGGGGGUGCUCUCUCGUUUUGCUUGCUCUCCGCUCGUGCACUUGCAGAAAAUCGAUGCGGAGAGACUGCAACUGUAUUGCCGCACUCCCGCCCUCCGAUCGAUAGGAGUCCAUCAGGAGCACGAGGCUCCCGACCUCCGUGACGGCGGGGCUGCGCGCCGGCCUGAUCUGGUCUCUGAUUAGAUGUCCCUCUCGUGAUGAACCUUGUGUUAGCUUGUCUCAAAGCGGUGCGCCAUCAAUGUAGAAAGGCCCCCCCCUGCUGGUUUGUGACCCAGUUUGCUGUUCAAUCACACGCAUCUCCGCAUGCCGUGGUUCGGGACUUCUGCCACGGAGGUGAUUGAUGCCUUCUUUGUCGUCAGUUUCUGUCUCCAGUUAGCGAUGCGGGUGAAUGUGGCAAGCAUGCCACAUCCAACAUGGCGGACGCGUUCACUCAACCUGCACCGUAUCUACAUGCACAUGUCUAUGGCGGUGUGGAGCUGCAGGGGGAGCCAGAGGAUCAAGUGGCUUCGUAUCUUCGUUGAGGAUGUACGCCGCUAGAUACGACGGCCACAAUGACCACCACGAGCGGAUCGACUUCCUAACCAGCAAGGAGAAAGCCUCGUCCAAGCGGCGCGUCGGCGCCGUGGUCGGCGUUGUGGUGGCGGCCCUCGUCGUCGCCGCUGUGGUUGCUUUCCUCAUCUGGCUUUUUGUCUUUAAGGAUGCCGACGAAGCCACGCUCAGUAAGCAGCAGAAACCCGCCGUGCUGGUCUUCAGCGGCCACAUGCUGUUGCCCGACGUCCCGUACGAAGACAAGUUGGAGGACACCAGCGGCCCCGAAUUUGAAGCACUGGCCGAGAAACUGGAGGGAGUUUUGGAAGAAAACUUGAAGAAGGAUCCAUUACUUGCUGCGUACUACACAAAGUCUGUUGUCACAGCUUUCAGCGAGGGUGUGAUCGCGUACUAUUGGUCCCAGUUUGAUGUGCCGGUGGAGGACCUCGAGGUCGUACCUGAAAUCUCUGAGGAGCUAGUGUCCGAGACCUUGGAGAAAGGGAUAAAGGAGCAGCAGAACUCCAGGAGCGCCGGUCAAAUCAAGAUCAGCGAAAUCACAGCCACGUUCACCGACCCCCGCAUGGCCAGGAACCCCCGAGCCAAUGAAUGCUUCUUCCGUCUGGAGGCCGAGGAAACCGAGUCCGAGUUUUCGUCUCCGGGGUACCCCGUCGGCUACCCCUCGAAGUCCCGCUGCCAGUGGCAAAUCCGAGCGCCGGCCUCAAGGGUCAUCUCCGUCACGUUUCCCUUCUUCCACGUGGAGGACGACUGCUUCGAUGACUUUGUCUCCAUUUACGAUUCGUUGAGUCCUGACGAUUCUCAGAUGAUCACCGAGAAGUGCGGUCACAGGCCCCCCUCCAACCCCCUGGAGGUGGUCUCGUCCGGUAACAUCAUGCUCGUCAGCCUGAUAACCGACACCGAGACCCAGCGGCCCGGCUUUCAGGCCUUGUACAAAGGCAUCCCCAAAUCCAAAGCGAAGACCUGCGGCGGCGUCCUCACCGCGAGUUCAGGAGUCUUCACCUCCCCUCUCUACCCGAGUUUCUAUCCUCCUGCUGUGGACUGCAAGUGGACCAUUGAGGUCCCCGCCGGGAAUAAAGUGCGUGUGAAGUUCACCUUGUUCCGCAUGAAAGAGCCUGGGGUGGACACUCGUGUGUGUCACAAAGAUUACGUGGAGGUUUUGGGCAAAAAGUAUUGCGGCGAGCUGUCCUCUUUGGCUCUGACCAGCACCGCUAAUACCAUGGACGUGACCUUCCACUCCGACGAGUCGUACACCGACAAAGGCUUCAGCGCCGAAUACAUUGCCUACGAUCCCGGAAACCCUUGCCCCGACAUGUUUGCCUGCGCAUCCGGCAUUUGCAUCGCCAGAAAACUCAAGUGUGACGGCUGGAACGACUGCGGCGACAUGAGCGACGAGAUGAAGUGCAUGUGUGACGAGGACCAGUUUAACUGCGGCAACGGUUUGUGCAAACCCAAACUGUGGGUUUGCGAUCGCGUUAAUGACUGCGGGGAUGGCAGCGACGAGAGGAGUUGCAGUUGCGAGGAGAACGAGUGGCGCUGCGGGGACGGCAUGUGCGUGCCUCAGGACGUGGUGUGCGAUUCCAAAAUGGACUGCUACGACGGCAGUGACGAGGCCUCGUGUGAAACCUCCCCGGGUAUCUGCUCCGCCUUCAGCUUCAAGUGCAAGAGCGGCGACUGCGUCAACAAAGUCAACGCCGAAUGCGACCGCAUCGGCGACUGCGCCGAUAACUCGGACGAGGCCAGCUGCAAGUGCGGCACGCGGCCGUACAAACUGAACCGGAUCGUGGGGGGCCAAAACGCCGAGCUGGGAGAAUGGCCCUGGCAGGUCAGCCUGCACUUCAUGACCUCCGGGCACGUUUGCGGGGCCUCCAUCAUCUCCCCGAACUGGCUCCUGUCAGCUGCCCACUGCUUUGUCAGCCACGACCCGGCGUAUCACGUCACGUCCAACUGGCAAACGUACAGCGGCAUGCAGGACCAGUACAAGCAGGACGGCGUCCAGCGGCGGUCCGUGAAGACCAUCGUCAGCCACCCGGACUACAACCAGAUGACGUACGACUACGACGUCGCGCUGCUGGAGCUCAGCGAGCCCCUGGAGCUGACCGACACCGCCCAGCCCAUCUGCCUGCCCGCCCCCUCCCACGUCUUCCCCGCCGGGAUGUCCUGCUCGGUCACGGGUUGGGGCGUGCUCCGAGAAGGAGGUCAAAAGGCUCGGCUCCUCCAGAAGGCGUCGGUGAAAAUCAUCAACGACUCCGUGUGCAACGUGGUGACCGAGGGCCAGGUCACCUCGCGGAUGCUCUGCAGCGGAUUCCUGACCGGGGGAGUCGACGCGUGUCAGGGAGACUCCGGCGGCCCCCUGGUGUGUUUCGAGGAGAGCGGGAAGUGGUUCCAGGCUGGCAUCGUGAGCUGGGGGGAGGGCUGCGCUCGCCGCAACAAGCCCGGUGUCUACACUCGUGUCACCAAGCUGAGAGAAUGGAUCAGAAAGACCGCGGGAAUUUGAGCAGGUGGGGGAAAAAAAAUAUAAAUCUAUUCACUACGAGCCUGGAAGAACAUCGGGAUAAAGGACGUGGAGAUGGAACAUUCCCAUAUGUUUUUUUUUUUUUGUUUUUUUAACAGCAGACUGGGACACAUUAUUUGGACCCAGACCCUCACAUGAAUGACUCCAAGCACUUUAUUUUCGGUUUUAUUCCUCCUCCCGCUCCAACUAUAACACGCGCAUCCACUCGCAUUUUGAAAUUGUAAUCAACCUCGAUGUCUCAUGAUUGUUCUCGGGUAAAAAUAUCCUUCACAUAAAGCUGCAAAUCCAAAGAUGAAAGAUGGGCGUCAUCCGCAUUUUGCCAAUAUUUCCCUGCCGUGAGGCAUUGGAAGUUCUUUCUGACGGCUUUAAUCUCUUGAAGAUAAUUUUGGCAUUUUUAUCCACCAAAAUCUGAACCACAAUUGUUGUUUACAGCAUUCACAUCACUGUAGAUAGAUAUCUGAAAUCACGUGUUUGUAUGAAUUUGAAGAACCAUUUUAAAUAAAGCAACGUUCUUCCAG